AUGGAAAAAGUCUGGUUCAAGCUCCGUCAGAUUGAUUAUCCCCCCGCCCAAGAGGACGCCAUCCUCAGCGGCGACGGCGAUGAUUCGAUUGCCCCUCUCUGCCUAGGCCACUUCAUCUCCAACCUCAAAACCCUCGACUUCCCUCUCAACCAUGGUUCAAUCCUCCCCUUUCCGCCACGCAUGCGCGUCUUUUGCAACAGUACCCUCAACUUUACAUGGGAUGAUGCCAGAUUAAGAUCCCCCGGUACAAAUCUCGCUGCGGGGGCGCCGAUACUCGCAGCUACGGGCGUUACAGCUAAGACGAGUCUGCAGUUUGCUUUCAUGAAGACUGUGGAGAGUCAUGAGGAGUAUGAUCGGUUGGAUACGUACAUAGUACAGCCUACGAAGGGGUAUAUCAAGGAUUGUCUGGAGCAAGACCAAUUAAAAGCCCAUUACCAGGGAAAGGUCUCUUGGUCCAUGUUUAUGAUCACAGGUAUCAAAGUCGCCCGUGCGGGGAAGCGUGAAGCGCACGAAGAGACCAACAUUGCAGCCGACAUUGGUCCAGAACUUGACCUUCCGUUGGUUGCUACAACGAGAGCCACAGCCACCAAUCAACGCAUCGCCUCCCAGCGAGUUUCUGGAGAGCAUCCUGGUGAUUUCAUCUGGGCUGUCCGUCUUGCCAAGAUCCACAAAGGAUUACUGAUGAAGGACUGGUCAGUGGACCCGUAUAGCAAGAGAGCUACGUUUGCAGCUGGGGAUGAGUGUGAGCUCAAUGUCGAGGACGUAUUGUGCGACGAAGGCUUGGAGGGCUUCACGGUCGUCGAAGAUGAUGCAAUCGACGAAGUUGUUAUUUUGGAUGGAAACUCAACAAACUAG